AUGGCGGUCAGGUCGCUAUCUCGUGCGUGUCACACCAUUCCAGCAUCCAAGCUUCCCUCUCCCAUUCUCGGGUCGCCUCUACAGCGAAACGCACCAGCGCGCGUGCGAGUAAAUCGUCUCUACCCGUCCGGCGGACAAGAGAGCAGCAUCAUCACGCGUGCAGCUUCCACCAGCGGAACACGAACGUCGCGCCGCUCAGCGUCCUCCUCGUCCUCCUCAUCCUCCUCAUCCGCCUCGUCUCCCUUCGACGCCUUCAAUGGCGCAGUCAACAUGACCGACGCGCAACGACAAGAAUUUGCCCGAGAGCGCGCGCAGCAGCUGGUGCGGCUGAUGGAGGACAUAGUGGGCGUGGCCGUGAAGACCGGUCCUCGUGGCGCCACGCGCUUCGUGCAGGGCGUGCAGGCCGUUGCCGCUGUCGGCUCCGACUGGCUGCUGCAGCAGCUCCAGGCAGUGCAGCAGCAGCAGCGCCUGGCGCCAUCCACAUCCCCAGCAUCGUCCAUCCAGCUCCCAGGCCCAGCGGAACUCCGCCGGCUAUUCGAGCGCCUGGGCGCCACGUACAUAAAGCUGGGGCAGUUCAUAGCGUCCGCGCCCUCGCUCUUCCCCCCGGAAUACGUCACCGAGUUCCAGACGUGCCUCGACAAGACGCCGCCCGUGCCGUUUGCCACGGUCAAGGGGAUUAUCGAGAGGGAGCUGAAGCGCCCGCUGGGGGAUGUGUAUGAGUUCGUGGAUCCCACACCGCUCGCUUCAGCCUCCAUUGCUCAGGUGCAUGCGGCGCGACUCAAGGGCACUGGGGCGGAGGUGGUGGUGAAGGUGGUGAAGCCGGGAGUGGAUGACACGCUCACCACGGACCUCAACUUCGUCUACGUGUGUGCUCGAGUGCUCGAGUUCCUCAACCCCUCCAUCGAACGCACCUCCCUCGUGGGCAUAGUGCAGGACAUCCGCACGUCCAUGAUGGAGGAGGUGGACAUGGGCAAGGAGGCGCGCAACCUCGCCGCCUUCUCCGCCUACCUUGACUCCUCGCCCUCGCUGCGUGCGCUCGCCACGUGCCCGCGUGUGUACGCAAAUGCGUCCUCCACUCGCGUGCUUACGAUGGAGCGCGUGCGGGGCGUGCCGCUGACGGACCUGGAUGCGCUCAAGGGGAUCGUGCCUAAUCCUGAGGCGACUCUUAUUGCGGCGCUGAACGUGUGGUUCGGCAGUCUGUUCGCAUGUGACACUUUCCAUGCGGACGUGCAUGCAGGCAACCUCCUCGUGCUCAAUGACGGCCGAGUUGCCUUCAUUGACUUUGGCAUCGUGGGGCGGGUAUCCCCAGACACGUGGGCGUCACUCGCAGCUUUUCUCGCGUCCAUAGGCUCAGGCGACUACACCACCAUGGCCACGGCGCUCAUUGGCAUGGGCGCCACUGCUGACGGCCGCACCAUCGACACGCGCGCCUUUGCCAACGACCUGCGGCAGCUGUUCGAGGCCGUAGAGGACCUGGACCCGCAAGUGAUAGUCACAGCCACGCAGCAGCAGCAGCAGCCGGGGAUGGGGCGAGGAGGAGGAGGCAUGCCGGGGGGAGUAGGAAGAGGAGGAGGCGGUGCCACGGCGACCGUGUCUGCAGCGGUGGCUGUGGAUGAGCAACAGAUCAACACGCUGCUGCUGCAACUCGUGAGAGUGAGUGAGGGGUACGGCCUGCGCUUCCCGCGGGAGUUUGGGCUGCUGCUGAAGCAGCUUCUCUACUUUGACCGCUACACGCGUCUGCUCGCACCCUCCCUUAAUGUGUUGGAUGAUGCUCGUGUGAGCAUCAGACCCCCACCCAAUUCCGGGCGUGGGGGACCUGGAGGUAUGGGGGGUUCUUCCUACCCAGGCUAUGGACGUCCAGCAUUUUAA